CCUCUGGCUGGAAUGACCAUGGACUAUAUAGAGCACGAGCUAGCCUCUCCCAGAAUCUUCAACAACCACCUGUAUCCCAAACACAUGCCAGAGGGCGCCACAGACAAGGUGAAGGUCGUCUGUGUUUCUAGAAACCCCAAAGACAUCGCAGUAUCCAUGUACCACUUCAACAAGGUAUCUCCUGAAAUGGGCUACGAUGGCGAAUGGAGCGAUUUCCUUCCGCUUUUUCUUGAGGGAAAAGGCAUCUAUAACUCCUGGUGGGAGUACACCCUGCAGUGGUGGAACGCGGAGAAGAAGAAUCCAAAUAUCUUGUGGCUCACCUAUGAGGACAUGCAGGAGGAUUGUCUCCAGCAAAUCAAACGCGUGGAUCAGUUUCUGGGCACAGGGAGAACCUUGGAUUUCAUGGAAACUGUCAACAAACGCUGUUCAUUCCAGUCCAUGACGAAAUCUCUCCAAGCAAAACACACACGUUUCUUCAGAAAGGGUGAAGUUGGAGAUUGGAAAAACUGGUUCACUGUUGCCCAAAACGAGGAGUUUGACACCUUUCACAAACAGAAAAUGAAGAAUUCCGACUUCACUGUCAGAUUUGAACUUUGAUUUUCACCUUUCUAACGUUUUACCAAUGCUUUGUAUCUAUUUACACGUUUCUUUAUUAACAUAAUGUAUAUAAUCGUUGCUUUAAGGCAAACUAUGCAUAUUGCAUUUUUUCACAAUUGCUAUAGCCUUUAACAUCAACAUUCCUGCGGGGAAUUCCAUAUAUUUAUCCUUUAUAGUCUGGAGAAAAGAUUUAUGUAAGAAAUAUGCACAUCUACUGAUAUGAGUAGAAUGAAGAAUCGACAUCUUCUAACGUCGGUGACGGAGGUUUUAUAAUUGUAUGCACAAUCCUACCCUUCCAGCACAAGCU